UGACAAUCAAUAAGUAAAAACAGGCAUAGACAAAACCGCUGUUGACGAUUUCUAAAAAAUUUUGAUUUUAUUUUACAAAAUACAAAUAUUUAUUAGCAUUUAUCAAACGCAAUGGCGCAAGCAUUGCCGAAUCCAAAUACAUUAUUACCACUCGAGCUUGUAGAUAAAUGUAUCGGAUCGCGCAUACACAUUAUCAUGAAGAACGAUAAAGAAAUGGUAGGAACACUACAAGGUUUCGACGAUUUCGUGAAUAUGUUGUUGGAUGAUGUGACAGAAUACGAAUCAACGCCUGAAGGAAGGAAAAUCACAAAGCUCGAUCAGAUAUUGUUAAACGGGAACAAUAUAGCGAUGUUGGUGCCUGGAGGGGAAAUGCCGGGAGAUUCGUACGAUGGACAUUGAUAUUUGAUUAUAGGAAAAAUAAAAUUAAUUUUAAGGUUA